UUUUUUUUUUUUUUUUCCGGAGCUGAGGACCGAACCCAGGGCCUUGCGCUUGCUAGGCAAGUGCUCUACCACUGAGCUAAAUCCCCAACUCUUAACUUCCAUGUCAUCUUUAAAAUUUUUUUCCUUUAUAUGUAUUUUACUUGUAUGAUUUUUUUUCCUCCUGUGAGUACAUGUCUAUAUUACAUGAGGGCCUUAGCGCCUGAGGGAGUGAGGUGUUUGAUCCCUUGGAAAUGGAGUCACAUAGACGGUUAAGGGUCAUCGUGCCGAUGCUGAGAACUGAAUCCGGGUUCUGCAAGAGUGAGUUCCUUGGCUGCUGAGCCAUCUCUCCAGCCGCCCUCACUCUGUUUUAGAGAGAGUCUCUCACUAGGACCUGGUGCUCACCAAUCAGUCUAUACUAGCUAGCCAGUGAGCCUCAGAGACCUGCUUCUCUCUGCCUCCCCCAGUGCAGAGAUAGGCAACCCCCAACCCCCCAAGCCUUUUAUGGGGGUCCUCAGGGACGAGUUCCAUUCUGUGUGCUUGUGUGACAAACAAAAGCUUUAGGUUUAGUUGGCAAACCAUCUUCUCAUCCCCAUCUUAAAUGAUAAGCCAAACAGGGAGCAGCAGUAGGGCUCAGUGGGUGCUUGCCCCCAAACCGGACAACCUGGGUUUGAUUCCCGGGAACUGAACAUUAUCCUGUGACCUCCACAGGUGCACCAUGGGAUGUUUGUGCGCACACACAUAAAUCAACACAAUAAAAAUAAACCAAACAGGCUGGGUGUGUUGGUUCUGAAGAAAAAAAAAAUAUAUUGAUCUGGGUACCAGCAGUCGCCUCUGUUUCCCAAUGGUGAAUGCCACGUGACCGGCCACCUCACGGUCCCGUUGCCGUGAUGGCCUGUAUUUCUCCACACUGUGUGUCCUAAUUCAUUCUUCCUUAAUUAAUCAACUGUGGAAGCACUCUCACUGGGUAGCCCUGGCUGGCUUGGCACUCCCAACUGUAGACCAGACCAGCCUUGAAAUCAGGUCUACCCACGUUCCUCUUCUAAAGACGCUCGCCACCUCGCACAGCUUGCCUGGUAUUUUAUCAAAGCCAGAGAAGUAAGAUGUCAGCCAUUAUGAUAUAAUCGCCACCAGUGGGGAACUGUGAGUCUUUUCGAAGUUCCCUCAGAUUGGGACUGUAGACUGUAGUGGGUGUGGGGUGUGUGUGUGUGUGUGUGUGUGUGUGUGUGUGUGUGAGAGAGAGAGAGAGAGAGAGAGAGACAGAGAGAGAGAGAGAGAGAGAGAGAGAGAGAGAGAGAAUUGCUAUAUUAUCCAAAGCUAGGCUGGAAUCCUCAGUAUAUCUUAGGCUAAAGUGGGGCUUGCUAUGUAGCCCAGGCUAGCUUGGAGCUUGCAGCAACUUUUCUGCCUCUCUUGAGUCUUAGGAUAACAAGCGUUAGCCAUCACACCUUGAGACAUUUUCCACGAGAAUGCGAAUCCUUUUUUUAAAAAAAAAAGUCCUCAUUUUAAUUUAAUUUAUGUGUAUUUUGCCUGCAUGUGUGUGUGUCUGGUGCCUUCGGAGGCCAAAAGAAGGUAUCAGAUCCCCUGGAACUGGAGUUACGGAUGGUUGUGAGCCACCCUGUGGGAAGUGGGAACUGAACCCAGGUCCUCUGCGGCAAGCGCUCCUAACCACCGAGUCAUUGUGCGAUUCCAUCCAUCAUGGCUACCUGGCUUGUUUCCUCCUUUAGGCUCUAGCGAAUGGAGCUGCAGUGAAUAGAGGCAUGCAGGUCUGGAUGAGAGGUUUUCUUAUUGGGAUAUCAGGGAGGGUCCUGAGGCUGGUGUACCCAAGACGACCGUCAGACCUCUAUCCGGCAUUUAGCAUCUGAACAUAUUGCUCAUGUCUGUAGAUAGGGACCUGUGCUCUGCGUACAUGCAGAAUCCCAUAUACAGAAGACCUCGCCACCUUGUCCUCAAGGACAGCUCACCACACAGGCUUCGGGCUCCCUGGUUACCGACCGGAAACGGGCUACGUCCCUUAUGAAAUUUGCCAGGAGACAAACUUGUGGUGCUGAGACUCAAACUCAGGUCCUCGGGAACACUAGGCAACUGUUCUACCACCAAGCCGCAUCUCUGACAACCUAAAUUGUUUGAGGCAGAGCCUCUCUGUGUACCUCAGGCUGAUGCUGAGCUUGCUAUGUAGCUGAUGAUGACCUUGAAUAUCUGUUUCUCCUGCUUCCACCCCAAUGAUAGAAAUUUAGGCCUGGGCCACCAUUUUUGGUUUAUGGGGUACUGGGUUAUCCCACGUAGGCCAACACUCCACUCACUGAGCCUCCCCAGCCCCACAGGUAUUGCUGGAGAUCUCAGGGAGCCAGGCACAGUGGUGGCAGCAUUGAGGAGGCAGAGGCAGGCUGUCAAAGAAACCCUGUCUCCACCUCGUCCAAAUAAAUAAAUAAACAAACCCUGGGACUGGACUCAGGCCUGGGCAGACUGGAGCUAGGAGGGGAGGCCUGUAGACUGUAAGGUUCUCUCCCAGACAUGGGUAGAACACAGGCAGGGUUCUGGAAUCCAAGGCCCUGGGCAGUUCCUUCCCCUCUGGGCAGCUCAUAGGACAGGAAAUGGAACUGUGGGUUGCUGGGGGGAAAACAACAUUCUCCCCCCUCAGCUGGUAUGGGAGCCGCUGACUUUUGUUUGUUCUCUCGGGCUUCUUUUUGGAGAAACACAAGCAUAUGGUGGCGGCUGGUGCGGAGGCUGUGUUUGGGUGGCGUGCGUGCCUGAUUUUGCCGUUUGCGUUUGCCUUGUGACCAUGGCCUUGCUGGGGAAGCAUUGUGACAUCCCCACCAACGGCUGUGGGUCUGAGCGCUGGAACUCCACCUUUGCCCGCAAGGACGAGCUCAUCAACAGUCUGGUGUCUGCCUUAGACUCCAUGUGCUCAGCGCUCUCCAAGCUGAACACAGAGGUGGCCUGCGUGGCGGUACACAAUGAGAGCGUCUUCGUGAUGGGCACCGAGAAGGGAAGGGUGUUUUUGAAUACUCGGAAGGAGCUACAGUCAGACUUCCUCAGGUUCUGCCGGGGACCCCUGUGGAACGAUCCAGAAGCAGGACACCCUAAAAAGGUGCAGCGCUGCGAAGGUGGUGGCCGGAGCAUCCCGCGGUCCUCUCUGGAGCAGUGCUCGGAUGUGUACCUGCUGCAGAAGAUGGUAGAGGAAGUGUUUGAUGUUCUUUAUAGUGAGGCUAUGGGCAGGGCCACCGUGGUACCUUUGCCCUAUGAGAGGCUGCUCAGGGAGCCGGGGCUACUGGCGGUGCAGGGGCUGCCCGAGGGCCUGGCCUUCCGGAGACCAGCAGAAUAUGACCCCAAGGCACUCAUGGCCAUUUUGGAGCAUAGUCACCGAAUUCGGUUUAAGCUCAGGAGGCCUCCUGAUGACGGUGGGCAGGACACAAAGGCGCUGGUGGAGAUGAACGGUAUCUCUCUGCUACCCAAGGGGUCCCGAGACUGUGGUCUGCAUGGCCAGGCCUCCAAGGUCUCUCCCCAAGACCUGACCCCCACCGCCACCCCAUCCUCCAUGGCCAACUUCCUGUACAGCACUUCGAUGCCCAACCACACCAUCCGGGAACUCAAGCAGGAGGUGCCAACCUGCCCGUUGACCCCCAGCGACCUGGGCUUGGGCUGGCCUGUGCCUGAGCCCCAUGUCCCCAGCACCCAAGAUUUCUCUGAUUGCUGUGGACAGGCGCCUGCAGGGCCUGCUGGGCCUCUCAUCCAGAAUGUCCACGCUUCCAAGCGUAUCCUCUUCUCCAUCGUCCACGACAAGUCAGAGAAGUGGGAUCCCUUCAUCAAGGAAAUGGAGGACAUCAACACCCUGCGGGAGUGCGUGCAGAUUCUGUUUAACAGCAGAUACGCGGAAGCCCUGGGCCUGGACCAUAUGGUUCCUGUGCCCUACAGGAAGAUUGCCUGUGACCCUGAGGCUGUGGAGAUUGUGGGUAUCCCAGACAAGAUCCCCUUCAAGCGGCCCUGCACUUAUGGAGUGCCGAAGCUGAAGAGAAUUCUGGAGGAGCGGCACAGCAUUCACUUCAUUAUCAAGAGGAUGUUCGAUGAGCGCAUUUUCACAGGGAACAAGUUUACCAAAGACCCCAUGAAGCUGGAGCCAGCUAGCCCACCAGAAGACACUGCCACAGAAGUCUGUAGGGACAGCAUGCUGGACCUGGCUGGGACUGCUUGGUCAGACAUGAGCAGCGUCUCUGAAGACUGUGGGCCAGGAACCUCAGGAGAGAUAGGAAUGUUGAGGCCUAUCAAAAUCGAGCCCGAGGAGCUGGACAUUAUUCAGGUUACUGUCUCAGAUCCUUCACCUACCUCUGAGGAGAUGACUGACUCACUACCUGGGCAUCUACCCUCAGAAGAUUCCGGUUAUGGGAUGGAAAUGCCGGCUGACAAAGGCCCCAGUGAGGAACCGUGGCAAGAAGAGAGGCCGGCAGAAGAGAGCCCUGGUGAUGUGAUCAGGCCCCUCCGGAAGCAGGUGGAAAUGCUGUUCAACACAAAAUAUGCCAAAGCCAUUGGUACCUCAGAGCCAGUCAAGGUGCCCUACUCCAAGUUCCUGAUGCACCCAGAGGAGCUCUUCGUACUGGGACUGCCUGAAGGCAUCUCUCUUCGAAGACCCAACUGCUUUGGGAUUGCCAAGCUGAGGAAGAUUCUGGAAGCCAGCAACAGUAUCCAGUUUGUCAUUAAGAGACCCGAACUACUCACUGACGGUGUCAAAGAACCUGUUAUGGACACUCAAGAGAGGGACUCCUGGGACCCUCUUGUGGACGAGACCCCGAAGAGACAGGGCCUUCAAGAAAGCUCUCGGAUUCAAGAAAAUUACAACACCAGACUCUCUCGGAUCGACAUCGCCAACACGCUUAGGGAACAAGUCCAAGACCUGUUUAACAAGAAAUACGGUGAAGCUCUGGGCAUCAAAUACCCAGUGCAGGUGCCCUACAAGCGAAUCAAAAGCAAUCCAGGCUCGGUAAUCAUCGAAGGCCUGCCCCCCGGGAUCCCAUUCCGCAAGCCCUGCACCUUUGGCUCCCAGAACCUGGAAAGGAUCCUCUCUGUGGCUGACAAGAUCAAGUUCACCGUCACCAGGCCAUUUCAAGGACUCAUCCCAAAGCCUGAAACCAAAAUUCUCACUACAGGACACGAAGCUGGAAAAACCACCAGACCAAGGAGACCGCAACAAGACAGCUGGCAGCCAGAUGAGGAUGAUGCCAACAGACUGGGGGAGAAGGUGAUCCUCCGAGAGCAGGUGAAGGAGCUCUUCAAUGAGAAAUACGGUGAGGCCCUGGGACUGAAUCGGCCUGUGCUGGUCCCGUACAAGCUGAUCCGGGACAGCCCGGAUGCCGUGGAGGUGAAAGGCCUCCCAGAUGACAUCCCCUUCCGGAACCCCAACACCUACGACAUCCAUCGGCUGGAGAAGAUCCUGAAGGCCAGAGACCACGUACGGAUGGUUAUCAUCAACCAGCUCCAACCCUUUACGGAAGUCUGCAAUGACCCCAAGGUGCCAGAUGAGGACGACUCUAACAAGCUCGGGAAGAAGGUGAUCCUCCGAGAGCAGGUGAAGGAGCUCUUCAAUGAGAAAUACGGUGAGGCCCUGGGACUGAAUCGGCCUGUGCUGGUCCCGUACAAGCUGAUCCGGGACAGCCCGGAUGCCGUGGAGGUGAAAGGCCUCCCAGAUGACAUCCCCUUCCGGAACCCCAACACCUACGACAUCCAUCGGCUGGAGAAGAUCCUGAAGGCCAGAGACCACGUACGGAUGGUUAUCAUCAACCAGCUCCAACCUUUUGGGGAUGUCUGCAACAAUGCCAAGGUGCCAGCCAAAGACAACAUUCCCAAGCGCAAGAGAAAGCGGGUCUCUGAAGGCAACUCAGUCUCCUCCUCUUCCUCUUCUUCAUCCUCCUCGUCCUCUAAUCCAGAGUCUGUGGCGUCCACCAACCAGAUCUCCCUCGUGGUAAAGUCACGCGGAUCUGAACUUCACCCUAAUUCUGUGUGGCCUUUGCCCCUCCCUCGGGCAGGGCCAUCCACAGCUCCAGGAACUGGGAGGCACUGGGCUCUGAGAGGGACUCAGCCAACCCGAGAGGUGCAGGCACAUCCACUGGUCUUGCCCACAAGAUAGACCGAGGCUCUGUGCAAUUGGCACGGUGCUUGAAGUGUGGGUGUCACCUGCAGUGUGUGUAAACAAGGAGCCCGAGGGUAGAUGGUCACAUGACAGAACUCGCCCUCCAUCACCUGUCGGCCACAUUGCUUCGUUUGGCCCUUUCCUGAUUCAAAGGAAUACUCAUGUAAAACAAAACAAAACAAAACAAAACUGGGUGUAGUGUCUUAUGCCCUUAAUCCCAGUAGCGGAGGGGGGGGGGGGGGAGAUCAGAAAUUCAAGGCCAGCUCGAGGCUAUAUGAGACCCCAUCUCAAAGAAAACUGCUAAACAGGGGGUUAAGGGUGUGGCUUAGUCAGCAGGGUACUUGCCUUGCAUGCACAAAGCCCUGGGUUCUAUUCCCAGCACCGCAUAAACCGGACCUGGUAGUACAUGCCUAUGAUCCUAACACGGGAAGAAGUAGAGGCAGGAGGUCAUAAGUUCAAGGUCAGCCUCAGCUACGUAGAAAGUUUGAGGCUAGCCUGGGCCAUGUGAGACUGCCUCAAGAAAACGAAAUGGAGGAAAGAAAGACUGAUUUUUUUUUCCCUCCAUUUUCCUCUUAUUGACUACUCCCUCCCUCCACCCCAAGAGGUGAGACAGUGUCUGUGGGGUGAAGCUGGGUGAAGCCCUCAAUGGGCUCCAGUCCAUAUAUUGAGCCCCUGGAACACAGGUGGGGACAAUCACCACGUUCUACCUGCAUGACCUCGGACAGAUCUCUUUCCCUCUCCAGGCCUCAGUGUCUGCGUACUAAGUUAACGUUUGAGCUCACCCUCAAAGCAAGCGCGCUGAUUAUUCUGGGAGUUCCUCCGUGUCACCUGGAGUCCUAACGUGGUCCCUCUAUCCCCCCUCCCCCUCUCUCUAGCAGUGGCCAGUGUACAUGGUGGACUAUUCCGGACUAAACGUGCAGCUUCCAGGCCCCCUUGAUUAUUAGACCUCAGAGCCGAAUCAGGACCUCAACUCAAAAGACUAAAGGAAAAUGUAAUUUAUGUACAAAGUAUAUUCGGAUAUGUAUCGAUGCCUUUUAGUUUUUCCAAUGAUUUUUACACUAUAUUCCUGCCGCCAAGGCCUUUUUAAAUAAGUAAAGAAAACGAAAAAGAACAAA